UCAGUCAAAAUUUUGUACAACUUGUGAUUCGUUCCAUAAAAUUUUUGUUCAAACCACAGCUAAUUAAAAUUUAUUGUGAAAUUGUAAAUUUUCUUUCUCUCUUUUAAAUAAACUUUCGACUCUCGUGCACCCCAGAACUGCACUUCUCUCAGAGUCAUGCAAGAGAAGGCGUCUUGCAGCACAGCUCCGGAGGGGGACAUACAAACUUGCGCCAAUGCAACCGUGGACAAAGCCAUCAACGAGGCCAUCGCUUGGAUAGUUUCCGAUCCCGCAGAGCAGUUCCUCUACAAGUAUCCACACGACUGCGAGGUGCAAGCAAACAAUAGUUUAAAGCUUGCACCCGCUGACCACGAAAGUGCUUCCACUUCGGCGAAGGAGCGGCAGAGCAGCAUACGCGCUGUUACCGAAGUCAAUGCGACGAAGCGCAUUGAUUGGUUCCGCAUUGACGAAUUCUCGUUGCAUCGGUUGGUGCAGUUGGUCUACGAUUACCUAAGUCUGUGGCGUCUCACGCCCAACACGCAGUACCAGGUGCGGCUGGAAAAGGAUGCGGUGAACGAGCAGCCGCAGGGGUGCACCUACUCCUUGAGUGCCUACUUCUCGCGUAACUUGCAACCCGAGUUGGAGUUUAGUAAACAGCUGGCUAUGACUAAGGUCAACUUCAAAGUGCAUAUCUCGCAUUUGCUGCCUAAAUUCUAUCCGAUCAUGAUGACUUAUCGCUUUGAGAACUCUGAUGUCAACUAUUACGCGUUGGGUAGACGACGCUUUCGACGACUGGACUUUCAGCGUUUCUUCAUAGAUAUGGCGUUGGAGACGAAAUUGGGGCUUUAUGCGCAGAUCUUGAAAACAAUUGCUUUCGGUAAUAUGCAGAAGAAGAGCAGAAAGGCCGUUAAAAAUAAGGAAGAGCGGGAGAGAGCCAAUGUCUUGGAAUCAGCUGUUAGCACCUUGUGCAUUUGCUCAGCAAGUGAGAGUGGACCGGAUAUUGUUGGAAGCCACCGAUGAGAGAGAGAGAGAGUGAAUCCUACUAAUGAUCUAUUCCAAGCAGAGGUCAGCCGUGAUGAUGAGUGCUUACAAAAUCACAACUGAAUUAUUGAGGACCGAGCAGGAGAGCGGAAGGGAAAAAAAACUUUGACAUGAGAUCUAUUCAAAAUAAGUGAAGAAAUCAUACAGACGAUAUGGACUUGAUAUCAAAAAUUCAAGUUAUUUCACUACUAUUUCGAUAAGGUUAACAUACACUCAAAUUUAAGUUCAAAAUAAAAUAUGAAUUUAAACCAUUUCAAGCAAUACAUAA